GAGUCGAUUGCAUCAUGGCCAAGAACAUCUGAUAUUCGGCCGGACGUUCUCAAUGAUACCUCCUCACCUACCCGUCGAGAUAGAAAAUCCACAUGGACUACCUAUGUCCGUCCGCCGGAUGAAAAUGAAGGGCUUACUAAUAAUUGUGUCAAGACUUACAAGACUCGAAACUUAAAACUCACGUCUGCUCGUCUCCCACUCAUCUAUCUAUCUUACUUCCAACCAACAUCUCACGGUGAUUGAUUACAAUCCAUGAUAGCGCUGGGAGCGCGUAGUAUAUACAUACUUACUUGUACAUCCAUCCAUCAAUGUAAGAAAGAAAAGGAAAGAAAGGGGGAAAAAAGGUAUCAAAACACACAAUGUCCGACCGGAAGAAACCCUUCGACCUAAUCCGCCGCGGCGAGAAGAACAAAACACUAUCAGGCACCCUAACCUUCGUCGGUCUACGUCUCGCCGACAUCCCACUCCAAUACGCACUCCUCUCACACCCAUCUCCAUCAUCACCGGUCUCAGGGCUCGGCGUGCGACUCCUCACCUCUCUCGGUUUCCGGACCAUCUUCACCCACACAACGGCAUCACUCCCGUCAUCCCUGCUCCUCCCCAUCGCAAGUCUAACCUCAUCCUCCGCGUCCCCCGGUCCAGCAAAAUGGAACACACUAGGCUGGAUGGCGCCCCUCGCUAAUCUCACGCCCACAUCCCUCCUCCUCCUCCUCAUGAGCGCAGGGAGCUCCGCAAAGCAAAUCUACUGGCAAACCGCCACGUCGCAGGAAUCCUUCCCGCCGUCCGCCGCCGCCGCAGUAAGCGCUUUCAACACCUUCGUGAACUCCGCGAACGGGCUCUUGUUUCUCGCGCUGGGCACCACGUCGUUACUUUCCUUCCCGCGGAUUGCCUUCCCCGCGGGCGGUGUCGCGACGCAGGGCUUCGCAAUACCAGUAAGCACCGUCGUCGGCACGCUCUUGUAUAUCUCCGGCAUGGCCAUCGAGACGCUUUCCGAGCGUCAGCGCGCGGAGUUCAAGUCUCGCGCCGAGAAUCGAGGGAAAGUGUGCAAGGAGGGGCUGUGGAGCUGGGCGCGACACGUGAAUUACUUCGGCUAUGCCCUCUGGCGAGGCGGGUAUUGCAUGGUGGGCUGUGGAUGGAUCGGCGGCGUGCUGAUGGGGUUGUUUCAGGGCUGGGAUCUGAGUUCGCGCGCGGUUGCUGUGCAGGAUGAGUAUUGCUCGGCGAAGUACGGGGAGCAGUGGUCGCAGUUCAAGAGAGAUGUUCCUUAUCGUAUUGUUCCGGGUGUUUAUUAGGGAAAAAAAAAAGAACAGAAAAAAAAAAAAGUGUUUGUAUAUACUACAAUGCUGUGUAAUGAGGUCUGGAGUCGUAUGUUCGGCGUGAG